UCAUUCAGCUAACACAACAACAACACGUCCGCUAGUCGCUGAUAUAAGUGUUGUUAAUUAAGUCUUGACAGUUUAUUGUAUAUAGUACAAGUUAGCCCUGUAGUCUCAGGUGCCCUUGUGCCCUUGAGCAAGGCAUCUACCCCCUAAAACUGCUCCCUUGUGCUGUAUACAGCAGCCGUGUUUGCUGUCCUCUGACCCUCUUUCAGUUUGAGUCCAGCCAGUAUUGAUCCUCCAUACAGUGCAUCAUGUCGAAUGCUGGUACAGCAGCACAGAGACCAGCCAGGAGCCAGCAACGUGGUGGCUCCAAAGGCCUCAAAGAAAUUCACAUCGAUGAAGAAGUCAAGAUAGCGGUGAACCUCUCUCUGGAGAGGUUUCACUACGGUGACGAGAAAGAGAUGGAAUUUCCCUCCUCCCUGUCCAACACUGAGAGGGCUUUCAUUCAUCGAAUGGCACAGUCCCUGGGUUACAUUUCUAAGAGCAAAGGGAAAGGACCGAAUCGCUUCCUAACCAUCAGGAAGAAGGGCGGUGCAGACAAACCUCGACCUACCAUGCCCCUCACAGUCUCCCACAAUUCCUUAUAUUUCAUCCGCAGCCUACUUCAGAGGUUUCCCAUCAGCAAUAAGGAACGCAUCGACAUGCAGCCCAACAACAAAGGAGGCAUGUCUGUGGCUGCAGAACCCGGUGAGAACGUCAGUUGUGAGAGGAACCGGGCAAGCGGGCGCUUAAACAACGGCAUACCCAUGGUGCCUCGGAGGAGGAGUCCAUCAGACCUGGACAGUUUUCGACGCUCCCUACCCGUGCAUGAACGCCAGGACGAGAUCGUCCAGCUCGUCAGAGAGAACCGGGUGGUGUUGGUGGUGGGAGAGACCGGCUCUGGAAAAACUACACAGAUCCCACAGUUCCUGCUGGAUGACUGCAGCAGGAAGGGAGAGCCCUGCAGGAUCUUCUGCACUCAGCCUCGACGCCUGGCUGCCAUCGCUGUGGCUGAGAGAGUGGCUGCCGAGAGAGGAGAGAGCGUGGGCCAGACCAUCGGUUAUCACAUCAGACUAGAGAGCAGGGUCUCGCCCAAGACACUGCUGACCUUUUGCACCAGUGGAGUGUUCCUCAGGACAUUGAUGGCAGGAGACGCCAGCCUGACGACUGUCACACACGCCAUUGUGGACGAGGUGCACGAGCGUGAUGGUUUGACCGACUUCCUGCUCACUAAGAUGCGGGAUGUUCUCCAGAAGAUCCCCACGCUGAAACUGAUCCUGUCCAGUGCAGCUCUGGAUGUAGACCUGUUCCUUAAGUACUUUGGCUCCUGCCCUGUCAUCCACCUCACAGGAAGAAUGUUUGAAGUGAAGGAACUCUUUCUGGAGGACAUCCUGAGGAUGACGGGCUUUAACAAUAAGGACAUGAGGAAAUACAAGGAAGAGACACAGAAAAAGGAGAAGAAGCAGAAAUGUUUGACGGAGUGGUGUAAGGCAGUAGAGGAGGAGAGACAGAGGAGCCCUGUGUCCGUCCCCGGCUUCCUCCAGGACAGCAGCUCCCCGGACAGAGAGGACAGCACCUUCAACAAGCCGACUGAGAAUGACACGGAGCAGCUGGAGCCGUGGCUGCUGAAGGAGAUGGACUCGUGCAUCUCCAACAUUUUCCUCGGUGAAGACCAGGAUGCUUUCAUUCAGCUCUUCAACCUCAUCCUCUAUGAAAGUGUGAACGUGGACUACAGGCACAGUGACACCGGGGCCACGCCUCUGAUGGUGGCAGCAGGUCGAGGGUUCCUCACGCAGAUGGAGCAGCUGCUCAACAUGGGGGCAGACAUCAACAUGAAGGCAUCCAACGGGUGGUCAGCCUUAGACUUUGCCAAACACUUCCAGCAGACAGACGCUAUGGAUCUACUCAAAUCUUCCAUUCCUUUGGGAGAGGAGGGCUGCCCGGAUGAGUCCACUCUGGUGCAGUGUGGCAGCACAGAGAUGAGCACUGAAGAGCAGGAGCUGCUCAAACUGUACCACCACAGCUUUGACGAUGAGCGGGUGGACCUGGACCUCAUCAUGGAUCUGCUGCACAACAUCUGCUCCACCACCGGCGACGGUGCUGUCCUGAUUUUCCUUCCUGGAUACGAUGAGAUAGUGACACUAAGGGACCGCAUCCUGUAUGACGAUAAGAGGUUCUCCACCCACCCUGACAGGUACCAGGUGUUCACUCUACAUUCAGACAUGCAGACUCUGGAUCAGAAGAGAGCCAUGAAGACCUCUCCACCUGGUAUCAGGAAGAUAAUUCUUUCAACUAACAUUGCUGAGACGAGCAUCACCAUCAACGAUGUGAUCUUUGUCAUCGAUUCGGGAAAGGUCAAAGAGAAGUCCUUUGAUACCGUCAGUCAUGUAUCCAUGUUAAAGACGGUUUGGAUCUCGAAAGCCAGCGCUCUGCAAAGGAAGGGAAGAGCCGGCCGCUGCAGACCAGGGAUUUGCUUCCACCUCUUCAGUCGACUCAGGUUCAAAAACAUGCUGGAGUUCCAGGUUCCACAGCUGCUCCGGAUGCCACUGCAGGAACUGUGUCUGCAGACCAAACUGCUGGUCCCGUCCUCCUGUAAGGUAGCUGAGUUCUUGUCCCGAGCUCCACAGCCUCCUGCUCCACAUGCCAUCAGGAACGCUGUGCAGAUGCUAAAGACAAUAGAUGCUAUGGACCAGUAUGAAGACCUGACUGAUCUGGGCUACCACCUGGCUGAUCUACCUGUGGAGCCCCACCUGGGCAAGAUGGUGCUGUGCGCUGUGGUGCUCAAGUGUCUGGACCCCAUUCUAACCAUUGCCUGUACGCUGGCCUACCGUGACCCCUUCGUCCUUCCCGCCCAGGGAGCUCAGAAAAGAGCUGCUCUACACUACCGCAAACGUUUCACUUGCAGCACCUUCAGCGACCACAUGGCCCUGCUGAGAGCCUUCCAGGCAUGGCAGAAGGCCCGCAGCGAAGGCUGGGAGAGAUCCUUCUGUGAGAAGAACUUUCUGUCCCAGGCCACCAUGGACAUGAUACUUGGCAUGAGGACGCAGCUGCUGGGACAGCUCCGUGCCAUCGGUUUCGUGCGAGCCCGUGGGGGCAGCGACAUCCGAGACGUGAAUCUGAACUCUGAGAACUGGGCCGUGGUGAAGGCAGCCCUGGUGGCUGGCAUGUACCCAAACCUGGUCCACAUCAACCCGGAGACCUCCUUGCUGUCUAGUAACAGAGAGAAGAAGGUCCACUUUCAUCCCACAUCCAUCCUGAGCCAGUCCCAGUUCAAGGAGAACGGCCCACCCAAAUCGGCCCCGCCCCUUCCCACAGAGUGGUUGAUCUACGACGAGAUGAGCCGAGGCCACCGGAUGGCCAGCGUCCGCUGUUGCUCCAUGACGACUCCCAUCGUUGUGGCCAUAUUUGGAGGGUGUGCCAAACUACCCAGCUCUGCCCUGCAGGAACCUGCUGUACAGAAGGCUUCUGACGGUCCGCAGGACGGCAGUGAUAGUGAGACAGAGGACCUAUCUGAGCUGAGGAUUGAUGACUGGCUCGUCUUCCAAUUGGACAGAGAGGCUGCAGGACUGGUGUUUGAACUGAGGCAGAAGUGGCAAAAUCUGUUCAUCAAGAGGACCCGUUGUCCUUCGAAGCCCUGGUCUCAACAAGACGAGGCCAUCAUCCGGACCCUGGUUUCUGUGCUCGCAGCAGAGGAGCAGGAAGUAGGCCUGCAGCAGCCCACGGGGAUCGGCCAGCGGCCCCGGCCCAUGUCAUCAGAGGACGGGCCCCAGGCUUCAGGGAAGAACUCCAAGAACGGCCUCCGACUACCCACCAACACCACCAAUGACAAGUCCUGCAGGAUGGCAGCAACCUCAAGCCUGCCACAGAUGAAAGCCCACAGCAGAGACGAGGCCUCGCUGCCCAUAAAUCAGCUCUCUGAUGACCCUCACUCCUCCACUAGUUCUUCCUGCUCUGUGACCUUGGACAGUCCGUCUGACAGCCCCUGUCCUUCCUCCUCAGGAAAGCAGACCUCUAAGCCACUGUCCCCUCAGCUGGUGUUGCCAUCUGUGCGGUACUUCAUCAUGAAGAGCAGCAAUGUCAGGAACAUCGACAUUUCUCAGCAGAAAGGUAUCUGGUCCACCACACCAACCAACGAGGCCAAACUCACCAAGGCCUUCCUGGAGAAUACCGUCAUCAUCCUCAUCUUCUCUGUUCAGGGCUCUGGACACUUCCAGGGCUACGCUCACAUGACGUCAAUCAUCAGUCAGGAGAGCUGCCAGGACUGGGGCUUCAUGGGACUAGGAGGGGUUUUCAGCGUUGAGUGGAUCCACAAGAAGAGUCUUCCCUUCCAGUGCACCCAACACAUCCUCAACCCGUGGAACGACAACAAGAAGGUCCAGAUCAGCAGGGACGGCCAGGAGUUGGAGUCCGAAGCAGGCAGCCAGCUGUUGUUACUGUGGGAGAGAAACUCCGGGAAUCAAGUUCAAUAAGAAGUAGCAGCGGACCACGUUUUGUUCUUACUCAACUCCAACUACAUGCAAACGUUGUAUAUUGAUAGAAACAUGUAUUUUUCUAUCAAAUCUACUAGAUAGAACAUGUUAUUGUUCCUUUAACAGUACAAGGAUUGCACUACCACGGGACAAAGGAAGCUCUGCUCUGGUUCUGUGUUUUGUCUAUUUAAUGAGUUCUCAUGCAGUUUUUAUUCUUUGUAUUCAAAAUGGUACUUCUUAAACCGUAUGUUCACAAUCAAAUGUCUCUGUGGAGGUUCUAACAUGAGUUAGAAUGUGUGAAACAUGUUAGUAUCACUAUUUUUGAUUUGAUAAAUCAAAAGCUAUUACAGUUCAUGCAGAUUGUUGUAAUGAUGAGUUUUUAUGGUAACUGACACGUGUGCACUACUUACAGCACAAAAACAUCGGGGACUAUUUGUGGGACUCAUUUUAAUCAUUUAUAUGUCAACUUUUGGUUACCUGGAUGAAGACAGAAAUAAUAUAUGUUGUUAGCAUUUGAAUGUUUGACUUUAAUGCUGCUGUAUGAGGAGAGGUGAAAAGUGAGUUCAGGCAUCCUCAUCAUUGUUAAUGUGUUUACAAAAAUAAAUAUUGAUUUCAUCUUAAAA